CCGAUAUCUACGACAAUCUGCACGUUGUUAGCUCCUUGAGCCAAGAUCAAAAGUUUAGUCGCAGUCGUAAGUUCGAUAUAAGAAGAAAUCGUCGUGAACGAGAUAAGUUAAUUCCAGUCGUAGUUGAGCAUUAAGUGAAAAGUAAAAAUGAAGAUUGUUGUGCAAUUGGUAGCACUCUCUUGCCUAAUUUCUCUGGCACUAGCAGAUGUUUCACACAUAUUGGGACAUCAACAUCCUGGAGAAGGUUAUGAACAUGAACAACAUUUGAGGACAUCAACACCCCCUCCACCACCACGGCCAUAUGUUUUCAGUUAUACCGCCGGUCGCUAUCCAAAUCAUACAGAUCGUAGCCACACCGAAGUUUCAGAUGGAAGCGGUACUGUCCGUGGCAAAUUCGCUUAUGUUGAUCCUCGCAAUGAGCUUCGUACCGUCGAAUAUGUAGCUGACCAAUAUGGAUUCCACCCCGCCUUGAGCCAUGAGCCACAAGAUACUGAGGCAGUUAAACUCGCUACUGCCAAACAUUUGGAUCUCUACCACAGAAUCGCUGCAUCUCAUCAGGAUCCAACAAUUAGUUUUCAACCGGCAGCCGCUCCUGUAGACAGUGCAGCCGUAGCUCACCGUAAAGCCUAUCAUGCCGCUUUGUUCGAGAAAAUUGCAUCCGAACAUGCUAGAAUCGGUGCAGAACGGGAAGCUGAGCGUGCGGCCUUCGAAGCAACCUCGGAAGCGAAUCACUUAGGCUAUGACGAACAACAUUACCAACAUUAGUCACCUACGGGUUUUCUAUUUUCUAUCUGAGAUCUGUCUAAGGUGUGUCACGAAAGAUGAUUACCAUGAUGAAAUGAUAUAAUAGACGUGUUAGGCGGAUUUCGUAACGCUUCGACGUGUUGUUUUUGCAUUUUCUACCAAAUAAAGAUAAUUGAACACCAAAUUAA